AUCUUGUGGCAGCUUAAAGAGUGGUUUCAUUUGGCAUGAGAUUUUGUGACUUGUAAUUCAGUUUUUACCCAGUGAUGGAACAAAGCGGUGGACUAGGAUUCAGUAGAUGAGAGUUCAGAUGUCAGCUUCACUGUGGAAACUCACCCGGUGGAAGUGGAACCAGCCCCUUAUGUAUCCCAUAACCUGGAAAGCUCUACUGGGAUCGAUGCGAGUCGAUUCAGAUUUAAUGGGACAUUUUACACACACACACGCACACCGAUUCUUCAUAUGCAUGGCGCAGACCCGCAGAAGGCAGAUGUUUAUUUUCCGAGGUUGUUACGUAGGCCCUGCCUCUAAAGGGUAUGGGCCACAGACCACAAAGGCCUGUGCGAAAUAAAACUUGCUCCUUUUCUAAGGUGCCACAAGACUCUUCGUGGCCUUUGCUGCAACAGAUUCAGGGCUCCUGCCUUUCAGAGAGAGCGAGGGCGAAUGCUUGCCACAGGUGUUCACCCUUCCACCGUCCUUAUCGGACCCGCCAAAGGGAGCGGAACGAAGUUCGCCAAGCCGGCGUCAGCAGGUUCUGCACCGCACGAGUAAAAACAGAAGCGCUGCUGCGGGGCCUUGGGCUUGUUUCGGUCGAACCUCUCCGGACCCCCGGCCCGCGUCCUUGGCGGCUUUUCCGUAUUUGCCGCCCUUGGGACCGUCAACGCCCCUCACCGCGUCAGGUCCCAAGCGACGUUUCGGAGGCGCUUCCUUCCCCGGUAGCAGCCGCUUCCUGGGCCGCCGUCCGGGGGUGAGUGGGGGAAAGUUCCCGCUGGAGCGAUGGGCAGAGGCCGGAUCACGGGCCUGGCCGUCAGCGACGUCCGCUUCCCCACGUCCUUGGCCCACCACGGCUCCGACGCCAUGCACCCUGACCCAGACUAUUCUGCAGCCUAUGUGGUCUUAGAAACAGAUGCACCUGAUGGGCUCAAAGGUUACGGCUUAACCUUUACCCUGGGCAAAGGCACUGAAGUGGUUGUCUGUGCAGUCAACGCCCUUGCAGUUCAUGUGGUCAAUAAAGACUUGGAUGAAAUAAUCAGUGAUUUUCGAGGGUUCUAUAGGCAGCUCACCAGCGAUGGGCAACUCAGAUGGAUCGGUCCAGAGAAAGGAGUGGUGCAUUUGGCGACAGCUGCUGUUUUGAAUGCUAUUUGGGAUCUGUGGGCCAAAAAAGAAGGAAAGCCUCUCUGGAAGCUGUUGGUUGACAUGGAUCCCAAGCAGUUGUUAUCUUGCAUAGAUUUCAGAUAUAUUACUGAUGCACUGACAGAAGAGGAAGCUUAUAUAAUACUUCAGAAUGGUCUGGUGGGAAAAACUGAGAGAGAAGAACAACUGUUAAAACAUGGCUAUCCAGCUUACACCACAUCGUGUGCCUGGCUUGGCUAUCCUGACCAGCAACUAAAACAGCUGUGUUCUGAUGCUCUGAAGGAUGGUUGGACCAGGUUCAAAGUCAAAGUUGGAGCAGAUCUCCAAGAUGACAUUCGGAGAUGCAAGCUUGUUAGAGAAAUGAUUGGCCCUGAAAAUAUACUGAUGUUGGAUGCUAACCAAAGAUGGGAAGUGGAAGAGGCCAUAGAGUGGGUCACUAAACUUGCUGAAUUCAGACCACUAUGGAUUGAGGAACCAACUUCGCCAGAUGACAUUCUUGGACAUGCAACCAUUUCAAAGGUUUUGGCACCGUUAGGGAUUGGUGUUGCAACUGGAGAACAAUGCCAUAAUAGAGUCGUCUUUAAGCAGCUCCUGCAGGCCAAGGCCUUAAGCUAUGUCCAGGUGGAUAGUUGCAGGCUAGGAAGUGUCAAUGAAAAUUUGUCCGUGUUGCUGAUGGCCAAGAAGUUUCAAAUCCCAGUGUGUCCUCAUGCUGGAGGAGUUGGGCUCUGUGAAUUGGUACAGCACUUGAUAAUAUUUGACUACAUUUCAGUAUCUGGUAGCCUUGAGAACAGGAUGUGUGAAUACGUAGAUCAUCUACAUGAGCACUUCAAGUAUCCAGUAGUUAUUAGGAAUGCAUCCUAUGUGCCGCCCAAGGCACCUGGGUAUUCUUCUGAAAUGAAAGAAGACUCUGCCAGAAGAUAUCAGUUCCCCCAAGGUGAAGUCUGGCAGAAACUCCUCUCUGAUACAGCUAAAAUAAGCUGAAAUGCUGAGUUUUCAGACUGAACUCCCUAAGCUAUUUUUACCACUACAAAUAGUUGGCUUUGCUGAAGGUCCAAGGAAGACUAGAUUCCAAUGAAUGCUUUUGAAAUGUUUUUCUCAGCUUGCAUAAAACAAAAAAUAGACUACAAGUCCCAUUAUAGAACUCCUGAUCAUUUUACACAAAGAGCUUUUGUCUAACUCAGCUUAAAUAAGACAUAUGAUUCACUGCUCCUGGAACUAUUAGAGCAGGCGUGGAAUUAUAUAAUGAAAGAUGUACUUUUGAACAAACCUAUUAAGAGUUUCAAAUAAACUACGAUUAAACA